UUGGCUUCAAAAUAAAAACGAUGGAAUCUUAUAAUUGCAUAAACACACACACACCCCUUACCCUACGGGAUCGUGCUACAUCAAGCCCCUAACUGUCAGUAGGUCCCAUCCCCCUCAAAAAUGGCACACUUCGUAAAUAAGAAGAAUGAGUCAAGGACAUAAUCGUCAUUUUCUAAUUUGAUGCAAAAGACUUAACCAUAAACCAUUCCUCCUAGCUUCUUCCCUCUCUAUUUAACCAACUAACCAACAAUUCUUCCACUCUCACUUCUCCACUUUUUUUUUGGUUUUUUUUUGGCUUGUCUCUCCGGUCAAAAUGCAGCUCUUUCCGGUCAUCCUACCGACACUAUGCCUCUUCCUCCACCUUCUAGGAGGCGGCUCUGGCUCUACUCCAUCGUUGACUCACUCCAGUCAACAAGUGGCAGUCACCCGUUGGCUUCCCGCAACUGCCACCUGGUACGGAAGUCCCGAGGGCGACGGCAGCAGUGGAGGAGCUUGUGGUUACGGGUCACUAGUGGACGUGAAGCCGUUUAAGGCAAGAGUUGGAGCGGUGAGUCCGAUUCUGUUCAAGGGUGGUGAAGGCUGCGGUGCAUGUUACAAAGUCAGGUGUCUCGACAAGACCAUUUGCUCUAAGAGAGCAGUCACCAUUAUUGUCACCGACCAGUCACCGUCGGGACCAUCUGCUAAAGCAAACCACACUCACUUCGACCUUAGCGGUGCCGCCUUUGGACAUAUGGCUAUUCCCGGCCAUAACGGUGUCAUCCGCAACCGUGGCUUAUUAAACAUCCGCUACGGCCGAACGGCAUGCAAAUACAAAGGGAAGAACAUAGCCUUCCAUGUGAAUGCAGGAUCAACAGAUUAUUGGUUAUCUCUUCUCAUUGAGUAUGAAGACGGUGAAGGAGACAUUGGCUCUAUGCACAUUCGUCAAGCGGGGUCUAAGGAGUGGAUAUCAAUGAAGCACAUAUGGGGAGCAAACUGGUGCAUUGUCGAAGGACCACUCAAGGGACCAUUCUCUGUGAAGCUUACAACUUUGUCCAACAACAAGACACUCUCUGCCGCCGACGUCAUCCCCAGUAACUGGGUUCCCAAAGCUACUUACACCUCCCGCCUCAACUUCUCCCCUGUUCUCUAAUUAACCACUCUUCGUUUUUUUUUGUUGUGGGAGAGAGUAACACGGAGAGGACAAUGAGUGAGCCAUCUCCAAAGUUAGGGGAAGAAGAGCUUGCAAUGUGUGUGUGACUACUAACUUUUUAUGUUGUCCAUUUUCAUUUUUUUUCCUUGUCCAUAGGGAUGUGUGUAUCAAUCAUCUAUAAUCUUGUUUGUGGGACAUUACUAUAUAUAAGAAGAGAAUUUACAAAAGAUGUAAUAAUGUGCAAAAUCUCAUUCCUUUUUUCAUCCAA